AUGUCCAAGAAGAACAACAAAUCCAUCAAGGCCAGGGCUUACCAGCAUGACUUAGAAAGGGAGCGCCUGGAGCGGGAGCGCCUGGCCAAGCAGGCGGAAAAGAACGAGCGGAGGCAGCAGCGGCGGGAAGAGCGCGCGGUGGCGAGCGGUGGCGUGGCCAAGAAGACGAAGAAGAAGGCGUUCCGCAUCCGCAAGGGCGUGCAAAUCAAGGGCAUCAAGGUCACUGACUCUGACAGCAAGAAGAAGCUGCUGAAGCUGCUCAAGGCCGAGCAGGCCGCCAAGAUGGUGGGCAUGGAGGGCCCGGGCGCGAAGAGCGGCAGCGGCAGCAGCGUCAAGAAGGCAAAGGGCUCAAAGAGCUCAAAGGACGGAAAGGAUUCAAAGGAUAAGAAGCGGCCGAAGGCCAAAGCGGCGGCAAAGAAGGCCAAGCCGGCCAAGCCCUCGGCGAUGGAGACGUGA